AUGGGACGUCCCAGACUGAUCAUUCUGAUCAGACACGCCCAGUCCGAGGGCAACAAGAACCGAGACAUACACCAGACCAUUCCCGAUCACAGGGUCAAACUGACCCAGGAUGGAUGGGCACAGGCGCGCGACGCUGGCCGCCGACUGCGCGAUCUUCUGCGGCCCGACGAUACCAUUCAGUUCUACACCUCACCCUACCGCCGAACCAGGGAGACUACAGAAGGCAUACUCGAGACUUUAACUUCGGACGAACCCGACCCUUCGCCCUUUAAACGGUCCAACAUGAAGGUCUACGAGGAACCUCGCUUGCGCGAACAGGACUUUGGAAAUUUCCAGCCUUGUAGCGCCGAGAUGGAACGCAUGUGGCAGGAACGUGCCGACUAUGGCCAUUUCUUCUACCGUAUCCCCGAUGGCGAAAGCGCUGCAGAUGCAUAUGACCGAGUUUCGGGCUUCAACGAGAGCUUGUGGCGACAGUUUGGAGACGACGACUUUGCGAGUGUUUGUGUUUUAGUCACACACGGACUCAUGUCUCGUGUUUUCUUGAUGAAGUGGUACCAUUUCUCUGUGGAAUAUUUUGAGGACUUGCGCAACGUCAACCACUGCGAGUUCCUCAUCAUGAAAAAGGAGAAGGACGGCGGGAAAUACAUUCUGGAAAAUCAGCUGAGGACUUGGUCUCAACUUCGCCAUGAGCGAGCUGCUGCUAAGGCCAAAGAAGACAAGGCGUUGGGAGACACCGGCAAGUCCAAGGAGACUGUCAAACAAGAGAAGCAGGAUGCUUCAUCCCCUGUUGCACCACGCCAAUGGGGCGGCUGUCCGGAGGGUUGCACUCACGGCCAGCACUUCAAGAUACGCCGCGACUUGGCUGAACUCAAGCAGCACGACGAGGAGAAUGCGCAAGUCGGUCUUCCUCACCAUAUCCCCAGUACCAAUGGCACUAUUGCACACCGCAGGCCGCACAACAAGAGACUUCAACCCAACAACUCCGAAGACGACUCGGACGACCCACGUGGCAGGAUCACGCCCCAGAUCGACGUGACCAAGGCUCGCGACGAGGUUGUCUCUUCGCCAGACGGGACACCGUCGUUCAUCACUAUCGAUGAUCGACUUCGCAACUCCAUGAAAUCGCCUCAAAAGCCGUCCUUCCUUCACAUAGGCCGUGAUUUCGGCGGCACAUACUCAGGCCACGCUAGUGAAGAGGACCUGUCUGAAAGUGACGCUCGCAGGCGCCUUGCGGCUAAAGCAGCUAGAGUGAAGGGCGGAGAGAAAAAUGGCCUCUCUCCAGUGAAUGAAACUGGCAAGCACCUGAGCAUUCGGGUUGCUCACGCGCACGCUAAUAGGCUUGGUGAUGCACCCGGCAACUCGGACCAGGGAUCGGAAGACGGUGGGGACGAGGCCGACGACAUAAGCAAGGCUGAGAAGGAGGACAAGAGCCUUCGUGGAAGCGUUUACUGA